AUGGGAAAAGGUUUCUACAUCAGUAAAACUGUCGGGAUAGUGGGGAUUGUGCUAGCUGCUGGAGCGGUAGCCACAAUCAUAGCCCUCUCUGUGGUCUACUCCCAAGAGAAGGCCAAGAACAAUGAGAAUGAGGUGAAACCCACUGUUGAAGUGACCACCUCAAGAACAACAGCAGCAACAGGUUUGGUUCCAACAACAACAGGAACAACCACAGGUUUGGUUCCAACAACAGCUCUAUCCAAUGAGCCUUGGGAUCAGUGGCGGCUUCCUCAAACCCUGCUUCCAGAAUCCUACAAUGUCACCCUAUGGCCACGGCUCCAGCCGGACCCUCAUUUGGGAGUCUACUACUUCACAGGGAUGUCCAGCGUGGUCUUCAAAUGUGUGCAAGAGACAGACCUCAUCCUCAUUCACUCCAAUAAGCUGAGAAUGACAAAAGAUGCCACUUUGAGAGCUCUCGGAAGCACAACGGCUCCUUCCAUUGACUCGAUCUGGAUGCAAAUGAAAACGCAGUAUAUGGUGAUUCAUCUGAAAGCUAAACUAACCGUUGGGGAAAACUAUGAGCUUUACACAGAGUUUUUAGGAGCGCUUGCAGAUGAUAUGGGUGGCUUCUACCGAAGUGAAUAUGAAGAGAAUGGAGUUAAGAAAAUUGUCGCCACAACCCAGAUGCAGCCAACAGAUGCCAGGAAAGCUUUCCCCUGCUUUGAUGAACCAGCAAUGAAAGCUGUAUUCCACAUCACUAUUCUACAUGAUUGUGGAACAACAGCCCUCUCCAAUGGCAUUGACACUGAAACCACCAACAUUACAGUGGACGGCGUUAAUGUAACCAGAACCAUAUUUGCAGCCACAGAAAAAAUGUCAACAUAUUUGUUGGCAUUUAUUGUCAGUGAUUUCGGUAGCAUUGAAAAAGAUGAUAAAAAUCCUCAGAUUCGAAUUUUUGCCCGUCAGGAAGCCAUAAACGCAGGCCAAGGACAAUAUGCACUUAACGUGACUGGACCAAUUCUCAGAUUCUUUGAGAUAUAUUUUAAUGCCACCUAUCCACUGCUGAAAUCAGAUCAAAUCGCACUGCCAGACUUCAGCGCUGGGGCAAUGGAAAACUGGGGCUUAAUCACAUACAGAGAGACUGCCUUACUGUAUGAUGAAGAAAUAUCCUCAAAUGCAAACAAAGAGAGGAUUGCUACUAUUAUUGCCCACGAACUUGCCCACCAGUGGUUUGGAAAUCUUGUGACUCUAAGAUGGUGGAACGACUUGUGGCUCAAUGAAGGUUUUGCAUCCUACGUCACAUAUCUCGGGGCGCAUGAAGCUGAACCAGACUGGAACAUUAAAGACUUGAUUGUUCUGAAUGAUGUGCACCGAGUUUUUGCCUUAGAUGCACUGGCCUCCUCUCACCCUUUGUCCUCUAAAGAAGAGGAAAUCCAAAGACCAGAGCAAAUUAAUGAAGUGUUUGAUGCAAUCUCCUACAGUAAGGGGGCAUCAGUACUAAGGAUGCUAUCUGAUUUCCUCAGUGAAACAGUGUUUACUGAUGGACUCAAAACCUAUCUAGAUUAUUUCAAAUUCAACAACACGGUUUACACAGACCUUUGGGACCAUCUUCAAAUGGCUGUGAACAGGACCGGCACCAGUCUCCCCAGAUCUGUGCAUGACAUUAUGGACCGUUGGGUUCUUCAAAUGGGCUUCCCUGUGGUCACUAUCAACACUACAACUGGCCAGAUCUCACAGAAACACUUCCUCCUGGAUCCUGACUCUGUUCUUAAAAGGCCAUCAGAAUUCAAUUAUGAGUGGUUUGUACCAAUUAAAUGGAUGAAAACAGGAGCAUUGCAAGAACCAUAUUGGCUGCUACAAAAAACUGCUCAAAACAAUGAAAUGAAAACAAAUGCAAAUGAGUGGAUUCUGGCCAACAUCAAUGUGGUAGGAUACUACAGGGUAAACUAUGAUAAUGAAAACUGGGAACGCCUCCUUAAUGCUCUCCAGACAUCUAAGGAGAGGAUCCUCGUUAUUAACCGAGCACAGAUAAUUGAUGAUGCAUUCAACCUUGCCAAAGCAAGAAUUGUUCCAACAACAUUGGCUCUCAGGACCACAAAGUAUCUCUCCUCUGAAACUGAGUACAUGCCUUGGGAGGCAGCCCUUGAUAACCUGGAUUACUUUUACCUGAUGUUUGAUCGCACUGAGGUUUACGGCCCCAUGCAGGCAUACGUUAGAAAACAGGUGGAACCCUUGUAUAAUUACUUCAAAGAUCUUACAAACUGGACAGAUGUUGCAAAAGGACAUACUGAUCAAUAUAACCAAGUAAAUGCACUCAGAGUUGCCUGCAGCACUGGUGUGGAAGCCUGUAACACUCUAGUCAAAACAUGGUUCCAAGAGUUGAGGGACAAUCCUGCCGUCAACCUUAUAAAGCCCAACUUGAGGUCUACAGUGUACUGUAGCGCCAUUGCUGCAGGUGGUGCUGAGGAAUGGGACUUUGCCUGGGAAAUGUUCAGAAAUGCCACCAUUGCCUCAGAGGCUGAGAAACUGAGAGCUGCACUGGCAUGUGCCACCCAGCCCUGGUUACUGAACAGGUAUCUGGAAUACACUUUGAACACAACUCUAAUUCGGAAGCAAGAUGCCACCUCUACAAUUAUCAGCAUUGCAAGCAAUGUGGUCGGCCAACCUUUGGCUUGGGACUUUGUUAGGACCAACUGGGCAUACAUUUUCAAUCAAUAUGGAGGUGGAUCUUUCUCUUUCUCCAAUCUGAUCAAUGGUGUAACAAAGAGAUUCUCAACUGAAUUUGAACUACAACAACUGAAGCAGUUCAGGGAUGACAGUGCUGACGUAGGUUUCGGUUCCGGCACCCUCGCCAUCGAGCAGUCCAUCGAGAGGACUAGAGCAAACAUCAAAUGGGUCAAAGACCACAAGAAAUCCGUCUUGGAAUGGUUCAAGGAAGAAACCAAGUCCUGACUGAUGCACAUACUGUAGUUUGUUUCCUUCAAGGAGAAGAGGAACACUGAAUUUCACAGAACACAUCUCAAAGACCGCAAGAUCAUUUAGAUUUACACUCUACAAUAUCAGGAAGAUAAGACCCUUCCUCUCUGAACAUCCCACACAACUUCUUGUUCAGUCACUUGUCAUAACUAGACUGGACUACUGUAAUGCUCUCAUUGCAGGCCUCCCUGCAUGUGCAAUUAGACCCCUGCAGAAUGCAGCAGCACAUCUGGUCUUUAAUCAACAAAAGAGAGCGCAUGUUACACCACUCCUUGUCUCUCUUCACUGGCUGCCGGUUGAUGCAAGUAUUAAGUUCAAGGCUCUGAUGCUGGCAUACAAAACAGUCACUGGGUCUGCUCCAGCAUACCUAAAAUCAUUUCUACAGAGCUACGCACCCACUAGAAACCUGCAGUCAGCUAAUGAACGUCGCCUUGUUGUACCAACGCAAAGUGGCACCAAAACACUUUUCCGGACUUUCGGCUUCAUCAUACCACGUUGGUGGAAUGACCUUCCCAACUCCAUCCGUGAAACUCAUUUUCUGUCUUCAAAAAACGGCUAAAAACACAUCUUUUCCAUGAGCACUUAACCAGUCACAAAAAAAAAAAAAAAUAAAAAAAAAUCCUUGUUGCACUUUAAUCUGUUUUGAAUGCUAUUCUGAUGCUAGUGAAACUUUGUAAUAUGGCACGUUUCAUACCACUGUCUCCUUAAGAUGAUUCGCUUAUGUUUUCCUCUUUUGUAAGUCGCUUUGGAUGAAAGCGUCUGCCAAAUGAAUAAAUGUAAAUGUAAACACUGGGACUUAUUGGUUUGCUAAGUCUAGAUGUCUAGACUUAGCAAACUAGAUGUCUAGUCUAGAACAUGAAAGGAAUGGCUGUUUAUUCUUGCAAUCUAUAUGUUUUAGAUUGCAAUAUUUUCCAGAGGUGACGUUUCCUAUGACGUUGUAUACUGUAUAAAGACUUUCCUUAAAGAGUGCUUAGUGUUAUGAUUGUUACAUUUUCCCAGUUGAUUAUUUUUGUAAAAAUUUGAUUUUUCUAAUGAUGUGAUAACUUUUUUUUUUUUUUGUAAAAUUUAUAAUUUUGGUAUUUUGUCCAAUGAAAAUAAACCACGUUUUUUGAAACACUGA